AUGGGAUCCUACGCUCUGCAACCGCCCGAGUCUGGGUACACUGGCGGCCAACUCUUUGUCGAAGGUCAGAUUCAUACCAAGGCCAAACGGCCCCUUCCGGGAACGACAUUCAGCGGCAAGACCGCCAUAAUCACUGGCUCGAAUGUAGGCAUCGGCUUAGCAAGCGCAGGAGUCAUGCUGGACCUCCACCUCAGCCACUUAAUCAUGGCCGUUCGUAGUGUUGAGAAAGGCGAGGCUGCUGCAGUGUCAUUGCGCAAAGCUCACCCCAAAGCUACAGUCGAUGUUUGGGAGCUGGAUCUUCUCUCUUACAACUCCAUUCAGUCGUUCGUACGCCGGUGCACGAGCUUACCGCGCCUCGACAUUGCUAUCAUGAACGCCGGCAUAGGCACCAUGGACUUCAUCAAGGCGCCAUCCACCGGACAUGAGCAGACGUUCCAAGUGAACUACCUGUCCACCGCGCUUCUCGCCAUCCUGCUGCUUCCGCUGCUGAAGGACAAGCACAAAAACGGUCCAGCUCGACUGUCAGUUGUGACUUCUGGGUUCGCUCUCAUCUCUGCGUUUCCGAACCGAGACGCCGUACCUUUGAUACCUUCUUUCGACGACCCAACCGGCUGGAAUUUGUCCUCGGCACAAGAGCGCUACAGCCUUACCAAGACACUUGAGUUGAUGCUCGUCCACCAACUUAGCAAGGCAGUAAGAGGCGACGAGGUCAUUAUCAAUGCCGUUGAUCCUGGCUACACGGGCGGCACUCAGCUGGAUCGAGGUGCGCCGUUGUGGAUUAAAGCGAUACUCGCGCCACUGAAGCUCUUCUUCGCCAGAUCGCCCGAGCAAGCGGCGUGGACUUAUGUGGACGCAGUCGCUGUAAAGGGACCGGAGUCUCACGAUGCGUUGCUCAAGAAUUGGGAGAUCGGAAGCUAUCAUCCCAUGAUGUAUAGCGAUGGCGGGGAGAAGACUAUGGAGCGGCUCUGGGAGGAGACAUUGCAGGAGCUUGAGUUCGCUGGGGUGCGCGACAUAGUGGGCAAGCUUUAG